CAAAAGAGCCAGAGUUCCUGAUGUUUUCUUCCCGAAAUAACUCUGAUGUGAACAACUGGGACAAGCCCUCAUGUUACGACUUAGGCGGAUCACAUGUGGGUCUUGAACCAAAGCAACAGAUCUUUGAAAGAUGGAGGGUGAGUGAAGACUUUCGGGAGAUUGGACUUGCUUUUGGGGGUAGGGGCAGAAGCAGAUCACUUGGUGAAAUGCUUGCAUUGCCCGAUCAUGCUAAACGUGCUAACUUUCGUGGUCCUUUUGGCAUUAGCAGUAAACAUGGCUGGAAAAACAAUGUCAUUGGAGACUUGAAAUCACAAUCAUAUUCUACAUCUGUUGAAAGUACUCUAACCAAGACUAUGACUACUAGGUCGGUGUUUCCUUGGUCUAUAAGGAAGUCAGUUAAGCAGGUUCCCAGUGGGAAAUAUUGUUCGAAACAAAGAAACUUGCGACCCGACUGCAAGCAGUCUCAAUCCAGUCCAGACCUAGAAUUGGAAAAGAAUCAUUGGAAUCAAAAAAAACCACUUGCCAGAAGAAAAUUCCAUGUUCUCUGAAAACGUAUUAUUCCA